CAAUGUUGUGCCGAGGUUAUGAUUAACUUGCUUACGAGCUGUUCACUAGAGUUUGGGAACUUCACGUCAGGUUGGAAGUGAGUGUCAGAGACGGGAUUUUGGCCUAGUUGAAGGGCACUUAAAAAACCUAAAAAAUCCGCUUAGCCUGUUUCUUUACAGUUCGAGUUGAACAGCGUCUUGGGGUUACAGGCGAAAGUUGCUUACUGCUCAAUCGCAGUUGGUUAUAGUUGUGAAUAUGGAGAGCUCUAAAAUUCCAAUGCGAGGCAAAGUCAAGGACGCUGAGGCCGAAGCCUUACUUCGAUUGCUUCGCCAGGAGAAGGAAUAUAGCGAAAGACUGUUAGCGCCGCAAAUUCAGCAAAGAGUUCCUUUACCGGCAAUAGGUAGCAGUGGUAAUGAUAAUACAACGCAACAACCGCAGCUAUGCGAGCAGGAAACUGUUGCAACAUUUAUAACGCAAACAGGAGAAAGUUCUGGCUUUCUUUACGAUAAUUACGAGAAAGAGUUGCUAAGUGAUUCAAACUUUAUAUGGACACCGAAAACGGAUGUGGACAACCAGCCGCGUGCUUCGUCUCACAAAGGUGUUUACGUUCCAUCGUUUUCAUGGAGGAACGAACAAUGUUUCUCCUAUCCACAGUUUGAUCAGCCUCGGAAAAAGUCGAAGGCUCGGACGUUACCGCCGAUUGAAAUACCAGUAUCACCAUGCAGUGAUCUUCCCGAGCGACCUACCUGUCCCAGACCGGGAUCGCCGAAGUUUUGGGACGAUUAACCCCGAUAUACUGAAAAUCUACAUGAGUUAGUCACUGGUUAGUCGCAGUAAAAAUUCGCCCUCAGGCA